AUGGCACCACGAACACGAGCAGAACGAUUGGGCACAGCCCACAAUUUGGAGCUUCCACAAUACGACUAUGAAGCAGACGACCAAUCAUCAACAAACUCUGCUUCGCCACUCCAGGGCGAAACAGCCUUGGAUGCAGUCGCAGAUGCAGAGGCAGAUGCAGACCAAGAUCAAGAUCAAGAUCAAGAGAUUGAAAAAAGUGCACAGGUGAGCAAGUUGAAAAAGGACCACGUCGUUGAAGACCACUACCCUAUAGACAACUCAACAGAUGAAGGACCUGCACUCUCCUCAACUGCUCCUCAGCAACACCGCCCAUUAUCCAAAAAACCCACAACAACGCUAUCCUUGGGAAGACCACUCUCGCGAAUUUUAACAUCAACCAUGUCACAUAAACACAUGCAAGACUGCAAGAUCUCACCAGAAGAAUUGACACCACUUCAUGACCCAAAAUCAUUGAAAUAUCUCUACCACUUGGGAGGCUUUGAUAAACUCUUGGGACUCCUCGAUACAACAAAAAGGGGACUAAACGACUCGGACACCCAGGACUUUGAAAGACGAAGAUACAAUUAUGGUGUAAACAAGUUGCCACAACGUGUCUCAAAAACUUUUUUCCAACUAUGCUGGGAGGCCAUGAAGGAUAAAGUGUUGAUCAUCUUAUCCAUUGCCGCUGUUGUCUCUUUGGCAUUGGGACUCUAUGAAACAUUUGGCAGUGGAACCCAAUACGACGACGAAGGAAAACCAUUGCCAAAAGUAGACUGGGUCGAAGGUGUGGCAAUCUUGGUGGCUGUAUGCAUAGUGGUGAUUGUUGGUGCAGCAAACGAUUACCAAAAAGAACGACAAUUUGCCAAACUAAAUGCAAAAAAGGAGGAUCGCGAAUUGAUUGUGGUGCGAAACGGCGAACAAAAGCUAAUCUCCAUUUAUGACUUGCUCGUUGGUGACAUCAUCAAUUUGCAAACUGGUGAUAUCGUACCCGCAGACUCAAUCUUGUUCCAAGGUGAAGUUGAAUGCGACGAAAGUGCAUUAACCGGUGAGUCAGCAACCAUCAAAAAAGUCCCGGUAGAGGAAGCAAUGUCCAUUUACGAAAACAACUUGCCCACAGAUGAAGAUAUAGGAAGCCAAAAAAUCAAGUUGCGUGACCCAUACCUAAUAUCGGGAGCAAGAAUCUUGUCGGGUUUGGGAAAUGCCGUUGUUACCGCAGUUGGGAAAAACUCCAUCCAUGGCAGAACUAUGCUCAGUUUGCAUGUCAAAGCGGAAACUACCCCAAUGCAAGAAAGAUUGGACAAUUUGGCAGAAGGCAUCUCCAAAUACGGAUUCUUGGCAGCCCUUGUUUUGUUUAUCGUUUUAUUCAUCCGCUAUUGCGUAGAUAUCGCACCAGGCGGAAGUUUUCACGAAUUACCAUCAGCUGAAAAGGGUAAAAAAUUUAUCGAUAUCAUCAUCACUGCAGUCACAAUUGUUGUGGUUGCAAUCCCCGAGGGCCUUCCACUUGCAGUGACUUUGGCAUUGGCCUUUGCCACAACUAGAAUGGCACAGAAUGGUAAUUUGGUGAGAGUGUUGAAGUCUUGUGAAACAAUGGGUGGAGCAACUGCAGUUUGCUCUGACAAGACUGGUACCUUGACGGAAAACAAGAUGAGAAUUGUUCGAGGCUUUUUUGGAUUGAAAGCAGAUGGCUCUCUUUUAGAGUUUAAUGAUACUGCUGACAAUCAAUACGGGGAACCAACUGCUGCUGAAGCCAGCAACGAAAUCACGCCCGAGCUCAAGACAUUUCUUGCAACAAACAUUACACUCAAUUCAACUGCAUUUGAAAAUUCUGAAUACGAUGAAACAAAGGCCAAUUUGGCUAAACAGAGACCACGUCAAAAGUCCUUUUUCCGCAAAUUGCUUAAAAAUGGUGAUAGCUCAAGCCAGGAUGCAUUGGCAUUGGGAGUACAGGAAGAGCCUUAUUUGGGAAAUAAAACUGAGUCGGCAUUAUUACUUCUCACUAGAAACGUUUUCCAUUUGUUUAAUUCCAAAACUCUUGACCAAAUUAGACGUGAAAGCCAUCAUGAUGUCGUUCAAGUUAUACCAUUUGAAAGUUCAAGAAAAUGGGCAGGUAUCGUUAUGAAGAUUGAAAAUGGGUACAGAGUUUAUGUCAAGGGUGCAGCUGAGAUUAUUUUCAAAAAUUGUGGAUUCGAAAAUAACACCGCUGGUGACUUGAUCAAACUCGAUAGAACCAAGCGUGAUGACGUGUUAUCAAAGAUUGAUGAGUAUGCAAAUGAUGCUCUUCGUGCUAUUGCCUUGGGCCAUCGCGACUUUGUUGGACUAGACUCUUGGCCACCCCUGGAGUUGGCAUCAAAGGACAAUCAACAAGAGGCCAACCCACUGGCGUUGAUAAAUGUUAGCGCAAGCGCUAGUGAGAUUAAGAAGCAAUUUAUCUUGGACUCGCUUGUCGGUAUACAAGAUCCAUUGAAACCAGGCGUGGCCGAAGCUGUUCGCAAGUGUAAAAAAGCAGGUGUCACCGUGCGUAUGGUUACCGGUGACAACUUGAACACGGCAAAAGCCAUUUCCAAGGAAUGUGGUAUCCUCACAUCUGAUGAUUUAUCCAACGAGUAUGCAUUUAUGGAAGGUCCCACCUUUCGUAAAUUGUCAUUAAAAGAGAGAAACAGAGUUGUGCCCGAGUUGAGAGUGCUUGCUAGGUCUUCGCCAGAAGACAAACGAAUUUUGGUGGACACUUUGAGAAAGCAAGGCGAGGUUGUUGCUGUUACCGGUGACGGAACAAAUGACGCUCCAGCAUUGAAGUUGGCAGAUGUCGGAUUUUCUAUGGGUAUUGCUGGUACUGAGGUUGCAAGAGAAGCCUCGGAUAUCAUCUUGAUGACCGAUGACUUUACAGAUAUCGUCCAGGCAAUCAAGUGGGGUAGAACCGUGGCCUCGUCCAUAAAGAAAUUUAUCCAGUUCCAGCUUACCGUUAACAUCACUGCGUGUAUGCUUACAUUUGUCUCUGCUGUUGCGUCUUCAAAGAAUCAAUCGGUCCUUACUGCAGUGCAAUUGCUUUGGGUUAAUUUGAUUAUGGAUACUCUUGCUGCAUUGGCUUUGGCUACAGAUAAACCAGAUGAUUCUUUUCUUGACAACAAGCCUGCAGGUCGCUCUGCUCCACUCAUUUCAACUUCAAUGUGGAAAAUGAUUCUUGGUCAAUCCGCCACACAAUUGGUCAUUACAUUUGUUCUUCAUUUUGCUGGCCAGCAACUCUUUUUUGGCUCAAACUCACACAUUAGUGAUCAUCAAAAGAAGCAAUUGGAUGCCAUGACAUUCAACACAUUUGUUUGGUUGCAAUUCUGGAAAUUGUUUGUUACUAGGAAACUAGACGAGGCCGAUGACGUGACAACCGUCCGCGGAAGGUUUACAUUAUACAAUCUUAACUUUUUCUCCCAUUUGUUCCGUAACUGGUACUUUAUUAGUAUCGCACUUAUUAUCGGAGGCUUUCAAAUUCUUAUUAUGUUUGUUGGUGGUGCUGCUUUCUCUGUUGCAAGGCAGACCCCUGGUAUGUGGGCAACAGCGAUAUUGUGUGGUUUCAUAAGUAUUCCCAUGGGUUUGAUAAUUCGACUCAUUCCUAAUGUUUGGGUCGAAAAAAUCUUCCCUACACGUGCAUUCAACAAGUUUAUUUAUAUUGUUGGUUUUGGCUGGUUGAAGAAAAAGAAGAAGUUUGAUGAAGAAGAAGAUGAUGAUGACGAAAAUAGAGAAGAGGCGAUAGGAACAGAACCCAUUAGAACAGGGACUGGAACUGCAACCAGAACUGCAACCAGAACUGCAACGGGGAUGGGGGAAAGAGAGAUAGAUGAACAUGAAUUGCAAGACAAAAAAGUUACACUGUAG